AAUGCAGAGGCAUGAGAAUCAGCAGGAAAAACAAAGAGGGGAAAGAGCUGAGAGAGAACAUUUGGAGUUCAUUCCUUAAUAAGGGCAUAAGAACCACAAAAGAACAUAAGCAAUCUCCUUCCACAAGCAGUAGGGCUAGAAAACUUUUGGGAGUUCAUUCAUUCAAAGCUUUUUGGGUUUAUGGACAUUCUUCCACUGAAUAGGUUCAAGAGAGAGAAGGAACCAGAGGAGAGCAGUUCUAAGGACACAAUGUUAACAACAACAUGACCAAAAUAAACACUGAUUAUGGAUGAAAUGUUAGUAUUGUGCUAGGAAUUAUCAAACUUUUCUUCCUCUUGCUUCAGAAGUACUUAACAUACCAAUGACCUUUUGAAACAAAACAAGAUAUAAUAAAAUUAUAUGUAAGAUCUUCCCUACCAAAAAUAAAGCAAAAUAAAGGUAAAUAAACUGCAUUUCAUCACCAAUUAUUUUGCAAGUUCUCCAAGUAACUAAUAAUUGAUGAAAAUGAACCAUUUACAUGUAAAUAAUUCUUAUGUCUGUCACAAACAUAGUUGCAAGAUGAAUCUGAAUUCAGCCAUUUGGACUUGUAGCAUCAUCAGUUCCAUUCCGUUGGAAAAUUAAUAAGUGUUGAGGAGGAGACAGAUUUUUUUUUUUUUUUUUUUGUUGGUGGGGGAAAAGGGUGGUAAGUAGUAGACAGAAUUCUUUAGGGCACAAUUUGCAGGAGCAUAAAUAUAACUUAAACAGAAAUUCAACUAAGAAACUGGGGUUAGUUGGAAUAAACCAAGCUUCUUUUGCUUCUCUCUUUGUGCACUGAUGGAUAAGUGUCACCACCUCAUAGCAUCAUGUACCACAAUCAAUUAACUGAAAACCACACAAGACACCAAGGUGAGCAACAAGGACUGAUUCUAUGUAACAAUUGUGGAGAUUGCACAUGUGCCUGAAUGGGGGGGUUCUUUAGAAUCCCGGUGAACUGCUUGGCAACUGCAGUAGGAUCAAGAAGCUACAGUCAAAAGAAGAUAGGCCAAAAAGGCUCUAACAGCAAACGAGGGGUCAUCCGAGCACUGAAUUAGUGGUUAGUAGUUUCCAGAAAGUGGUGAUGUGGAGGUAGGAGAAAAGAAGACCUACAGCCAAAAGGCUUCCAAGACCCACAGCCAAAAGGCUCCCAACUCUGUUAGAUUGGAGGAAGAACGGUUGAUGAUCCCUCAAAAGUAAAAGGCAGAACUGGGGCACAGCAAUGCAAGUAUGGUAUCUCCUUUACCAAAUGGUAAAGCUACCGAGAUUCCAAGACAAUCAUUUUCUUGGUAGAAAACCAAUAGCCCUUCAUCAGGGCAAAGAAGAUACCAAACCUCAGCCCAUUAAUCCGGAGCAAGGCAGAGCCUCCUCCCCUACACCCAAGCCAUCGAGACACCUACGGCCGGAUCACGCAACAUAAGACACACAAAAGCGAAGCGCCUAACAACAUCUCCCCUGAUGCUGUUUCUGGGCACCACUCUCACCAAUGAGAAACCCCAAGGCAGGGCGGCAGCAGCUCACCAGUCCGUUGGUCAAGGGAGCUGCAGUCAUCUGUGCCAUCCUGGCCAUCUUGGUGAUCAUUGGAGGCAUCGUUGUCUCGGCCAUCUACACGAACUACCAUCCUAAGAUGCCCUACAUCAAGGUGGCUGAUGCGCACCUCAACACUCUGGACUACGACCAGUCUGGGCUGCUCGACACCGAGAUGGCCCUCACCAUCCUGGCAGAGAACGACAACAUAAAGGCCCACGCGAGCUUCUCCGAUGCCAGCUUCAACAUCAGGUUCCACGGGAUAAAGAUUGCAGAGCUGCGGACUGCCCCGUUCGACGUGCCCAAGAACAGCUCCUUCCCAAUCUACUACCUCGUGCCAUCCUCGUCGAUCCCUCUGGACCAAAUGGGGAUGGAGGCGAUGGACAUGGCCUUGAAGCAGGGCAUCGUGCCUUUCAGCUUGGACGGGCAGGCGCGGACCAGGUGGAAGGUAAUUUUCCUGUCAGCGAGGUUCUGGACCCACCUCUCGUGCGAGCUCCGAUUCUUCUGGCCGAACGGGACCGUCGUGAACCCGUUGGGUUGCAGAUCUAGAGUCCACUGAUGUCCAUUCCUUCCUAAUUCAUUUCAUGGUGAUGGGCUAUCUCCACGGAAAUUUUCCUUCUAAGGUUUCGUUCUCUAGCUUUCUACUAAAUUCUUUUUCUUCUUCAAGUUUUUUUUUUUUUUUCCAGUAUAGUUCCAGUAAAUUCCUAUGUGUAGAUUCCUCUGGGUCGUAUUGAUGGUUAUUCAAUUUAGAGAUCAGAGAACAGAACAUAGACCAGAGAUAGAAAGGAAGAAAAUCCAAUGCCUAGAAGUGAUAACACAGCAGAG